UUGGUCGAUCUGUUGUUAUAUAGGUGUUUGAGGUAGUGAUUCAGCAUUUCAUAAACAUGUGCGGAGAAUACGGAGGGUUCUGUUUACUCUUUUAAUCCUAUAUCGUUUGCACAGGAUUGAUAAGAAAACAUAGAGUGUUUGGGGCCAUCAUUUUAUGCCAGAAUGAAGUACUUCGAAGCAAACCAACAUGAUCACUUUGAAGAUUUCCCCGGUAGCGAGAUGCAGGAAUUUUCUGAACCUGUCGGUGAAAGUAAGGUUGCUCCGUACGAGAAGCCGGUGGAGCAGCAUGUCGUUCGACCUAACUGGGGAAAGAAGCUAGAGUUCAUAUUAGCAUGUGUUGGAUAUGCAGUUGGAUUGGGAAAUGUUUGGAGAUUCCCGUACCUUUGCUAUAUUAGCGGGGGAGGCGCUUUCCUUAUCCCCUAUUUCAUCAUGCUGUUCCUAUGUGGCAUCCCUCUUCUGUAUAUGGAGAUGGCUGUGGGCCAGUAUACCAGACUGGGACCCAUUGGAGCACUGGAGAAGUUAUGUCCCUUGUUUAAAGGAGCUGGACUGGCUACUGUGGUCAUCUCGUACCUAUUGUGUACGUACUACAAUGUGAUCAUAGCCUGGGCUGGCUACUACUUUGUCCAGUGUUUCCAGACAGAGCUCCCUUGGGCCACCUGCAACCAUACAUGGAACUCGGACAAAUGCUGGGAUGACUAUUCCCCCAAUGCCACUUUACUAAGGCCUAAUGAUAGUGUGUCUCCAUCGGAAGAGUUCUAUAACAACAAUGUGCUGGAACAGACCAGUGGGAUAGAUGUGGUUGGGAGUAUAAGAUGGCAGCUUCUGAUUCCACUAUUCAUCUCAUGGGUAGCAGUGUAUUUCUGCAUAUGGAAGGGUGUCAAAUCAACUGGCAAGGUAGUGUACUUCACUGCCACAUUUCCUUAUGUGGUUCUGAUAGUCCUGUUUGGCAGAGGAAUCACACUGCCUGGAUCUUAUAAAGGCAUUUCUUUCUUCAUUUAUCCAAAAUGGGAACUGCUUCUGGAUCCUGCGGUUUGGGUGAAUGCAGCUGCACAAAACUUCAACUCCAUUGGCAUUGCUUUUGGAUCACUCAUUGCCUUCUCCAGCUACAACAAAUUCAACAACAGAAUCUUCCCAGAUGUGAUGUCAGUGUCACUUCUCAAUGCAGCAACCUCCAUAUUUGCAGGAUUUGUUAUAUUUUCCAUCCUUGGUCACAUUGCAUACACUCAAGGCAAGGAGGUGGAGGAUGUGGUAACACAGGGUCCAGGCCUUGUGUUUGUCACCUACCCAGCAGCUCUAGUGAACAUGCCCAUAUCCCAACUAUGGGCUGCUCUUUUCUUCUUCAUGUUGAUGUGUCUGGGAAUUGACAGCCAGUUUGCUAUGGUGGAAGUGAUCAUCACUAGCCUGGAGGACCACUUUGGACGAUUCAUCUACCGUUUCCUACGAAGGAAAGAACUCCUGGUUUUGGUUGUUUGUGUGAUUUCUUUCCUGAUUGGAUUGAUUUACAUAACACAGGGAGGCAUUUAUUUCUUCCGCUUAGUGGAUGCAUAUGCUGCGGGAAUUUCACUCAUGUACCUGGCCUUCUUCGAAGUGGUGGCCAUAGUAUGGAUUUAUGGGGCUAACAGGCUUGCAAGAAACGUGAAAGAGAUGACUGGCAACUACCCGUACAUGUACUUCAGAGUUUGUUGGUGGUCGUUUGCCCCGCUGCUUAUUCUAGCCAUCUGGAUCUUUGGCUGGGUGAAGUACAAGCCUAUCACGUAUGGCAAUUACAUCUACCCAGACUGGGCCAUUGGGCUGGGCUGGGGUGUGGCUCUCUUAUCUAUCCUGUGCAUUCCUGGAGGUAUGAUACAUGCACUGUACCAGGCAGAGGGACAGACACUCUGGCAGCGCUUCAGGAACAGCCUGCGGUCUAAGCUGGAGGACUCUGUCCCUAAACCCUUCAAUGGUGUGGUUAUGGUAUCAAUGAAUGAGAAAGAACAGCUGUGAAGGACUCAGGGACUUGAAGCAAAUGCAACUUUCUUCAAUUUUAUUUACAUAUACAGAUAUUCAUAGAUAAUUAUACUGAUGCAUAUUUAGAUAUGACCAAGAAUGUAUUACCAUCUUGGUAACAAAUUUUUGCUAUGACCUUUAUACUUGUACAUCAAGAAUAUUUGGUAAGCAUAUAUAUACACACCAAACUUUUGAAGACCAGUGUAAUGAACUUCUAUAAAUUAUGGCUACAGAGAGCAUUUACAUGGUUGCAUUUAGUUUGGGCAGAACAUUGUGAAAAGUUCAAAUGCUUUACAAUCAGGAAAUCACUGAAAGGGUGCAAACUUGAGUCACAUCUUCAAAGUACUUUAAAUCUUUCAUAAAACAUCUACAACUAAAUACUCCUUGUCGGGUGUAAAAUAUGUUGGCCGUUUGUCAAAAAAUUCAUGGUGACUUAUAAUACAACAUGAAGCAUUUUGUAAAAAGUAAAAAACAAAAGUGAAGAAAAUCAAAAAUCAUUUGUUUAGGAAUAAGUUAAAUUCCAAUUAGCUUUCAUGUAGCUAGUGGAAUUUUAGAAGUAAUGAAAGUGGCAAUAACAUGUACACCUCUUAAACCCUUUUUUCAUUGCAUCAUUCAGCUUCUCAUCAUUUAAAAAUGGAAGCACUUUUUUGGCUGUCAUUGUGAAAGCCUUUUUCAGAGUGGUUUGCAUUAAACAAAAAUAUUUUGUCAGAUAGAAUGUCCUUUUUAUCCAAUAUUCCAUCUUAGGUGGUAAUGCGAGUGUUAAGUGGAAUAUCUGCACAGUUUAAAGAUUAUUUUUUUCUCUCCCCAAAUGGGAUCUAUAUUUUUUAGAACAUUAAAGCGUGUACACUGCAAGUUCUUUAUCUUCAAGUAACAUACUGAGUAUAUUUUAUCUAUAUGUUUUACUAUGUGAUUUAGUGCCAUAUCGAGAGACCAAAAUAAGGUACAGCAUUUGACAUAUUCAGGUAUUUUGUAUGUAUGCAUGCGCACACUGUAUACCUAAGCAUUAUCUGCUUGUAUCUCGCACAACUCAAUAAAGCGUAAGUGGCAAUAGA